AACUCUUUUGUAUGUAGCAUACCUUGGUGAAAUAACAAUGCCAAUGUUCCUCAAUACGCAUAUGAUGGCUAUCACAGAUAUUAUGUAUUUUAAAUAUUUUUUGUUAAUACUUAUUCUGGUUUUCCUGUAUUGAGAUACAUAAUAAUAAUUGAUGAUACUUUAGGUAAUCAAGCCCAAAGCAGAUUCCAAUCAACAUUUGAGGUCCAUUUUCUUCUAUAAUUUCCACGUUUCCAGUCAGGUGCGACUAUGCGAAAAUGGACUAGCUCCUGACAGGGGAUGCUGGAGAUGAAAAUCAAUAAAUCUCUCUUGCAAGUCUUGGAACGCGUGGUCCUGAUAUUAACAACGAUGUAGUUUGUUGGCGAAAACUAAGGCGGCGUCUAUUGUUUUUUUCGUUGUUAAUCAUGAUUUAAACGGAUAUGGCAGUGAUAAUUGGUUGGCUUUAUUGUUUUUUGUGGUAUUCCAGCAUAUUAGCCGGAUAUGCAACCCUGUUUUGCCCAUUACUGCCGGUGCUAUUCAUUUCAAACAAACUAUAUAGACACAUAACUGAUGUGCUGUUUACUUAUUGGCAGUAUUAUCCUACGGCUUUAUUGGAGUUGAUGUGUGGAUGCAAUGUUCAAGUAACCGGGGAUCCAAUUCAAACAGGAGAAAUUUCAGUUUUGUUAAUGAAUCAUAGAACUAGAACUGACUGGAAUUUUUUUUGGCCAACUGUUUACCACUGUAUUAUUGGAAAGGGAAAACUAACACACUCUACGAAGUUUGUUUUGAAAGAUGUUAUUAGGCACAUUCCAGGACCAGGUUGGGUGAUGCAAUUGGCUUGCUUCGUAUAUAUAAAAAGGUGUUGGAUACUGGACAAAAAAAUACUGUUGAAAUACAUUGACUAUGUAUCUGAUCUGUCUUAUAAACAUAGCUUAUUAGUUUUUCCGGAAGGAACUGACUUCACCAGAGAAACAAAGAUAAGCAGCGACAAGUUUGCCGAAAGAAAUAAUAUUCAGAAAUACGACCAUGUUCUCCAUCCCAGAACAACUGGUUUUGUUUACCUUACACAACAGCUUCUUUUGAAAAACAGUUUGGACGCAGUCUACGACGUGACUUUGGUGUAUCCUGAUACCGUUCCACAAACUGAGAAACUUUUACUGAAAGGUCAAUUUCCAAAAGAAGUCAAAGUACAUUUCGUGAGGUAUCCCAAGACUAUUCUUCCUACCUCAGAAGAUGGUUUAAGGGAAUUUUUAGAGAAGAAGUGGUCAGAUAAAGAAAAAACACUUAAAGAGUACAGAGCCACUGGUCAUUUUCUCCACGGAAAGAUUCUGAAAACCAACAAACAGUGGGAACUAUACAUUGCUUUCAUUUUUUGGACAAUUCUACCUUACGUCAGCCUAUACUUAUUCUUUGUUGUUGGUUGGUUCAGGUGUAUAGUUUUGGUACACACUUUAUUUUUAGUAGGUUUGAAUGUGUUUUCAGAUGGUUUUCAAAAUUUUGAGAUUGCUCUCCACUAUUGGAAAAAGCGACUGAAAAAUGGGAACAUUCUAUGAACAAAUUGUCAAAAUAGGGUAAUUACAAAAAAAAAUAAAGAGAAUUGUGAAUACAUGUUAUGAAUUAAAUACAGACAUAUUAAUGGAAAGUUAA